AAGACGCAGGAGAGAAGCAGGAGGCAGGAGGCAGCGGGGAGGGAGCAAUGGGACCGGGAAGCCGCAGGUUCCCUCGUAAAUCCCCCUCCGUCCCCACGUCGUCUCGCCGGCCGCGGCAGGGGAGCGAGGAGCCGGGCGAGCAGAUGGAGGAGUGGAGCUCGCUCUAGGCAGCGGGCUUGGCCGGAGAAUGGAGGAGCCGCCAAGCGAUCGGCUGAUUGGAAGAGAAACGCAGAGCGAUGGAGGCGGGGGUAGGAGGACGAUUUCUCUGCGGGGACUGGCGGCGGCGUAUACGCCCGGGUCGGGCGCUGCAGAGCUUGGCUGGUUUUCAACCCGCGCUCGCCGGCUCCAGCCCCGCGCGCCCCCACCCCUCCCGGCGGCUCCGCAGGGUGAGGUGGCUUUGACCCCGGCUUGCCUGGCCAGCACGACCGAGGAGGUGGCUGGACGGCUGGAGAAUGAACGGAGAAGCCGACUGCCCCACAGACCUGGAAAUGGCCGCCCCCAAAGGCCAAGACCGUUGGUCCCAGGAAGACAUGCUGACUUUGCUGGAAUGCAUGAAGAACAACCUUCCAUCCAAUGACAGCUCCAAGUUCAAAACCACCGAGUCACAUAUGGACUGGGAAAAAGUAGCAUUUAAAGACUUUUCUGGAGACAUGUGCAAGCUCAAAUGGGUGGAGAUUUCUAACGAGGUGAGGAAGUUCCGCACGUUGACAGAAUUGAUCCUCGAUGCUCAGGAGCACGUUAAAAAUCCUUACAAAGGCAAAAAACUCAAGAAACACCCGGACUUCCCAAAGAAGCCCCUGACCCCUUAUUUCCGCUUUUUCAUGGAGAAGCGGGCCAAGUACGCAAAACUCCACCCCGAGAUGAGCAACCUGGACCUGACCAAGAUUCUGUCCAAGAAAUACAAAGAGCUGCCAGAGAAGAAGAAGAUGAAAUAUAUUCAGGACUUCCAGAGGGAGAAACAGGAGUUUGAGCGAAACCUCGCCAGAUUCAGGGAGGAUCACCCAGACCUAAUCCAGAAUGCCAAGAAGUCGGACAUCCCUGAGAAGCCCAAAACCCCCCAGCAGCUGUGGUACACCCACGAGAAGAAGGUGUACCUCAAAGUGCGGCCAGAUGCCACUACGAAGGAGGUGAAGGACUCCCUGGGGAAGCAGUGGUCUCAGCUCUCGGACAAAAAGAGGCUGAAAUGGAUUCAUAAGGCCCUGGAGCAGCGGAAGGAGUACGAGGAGAUUAUGCGUGACUAUAUCCAGAAGCACCCCGAGCUCAACAUCAGCGAGGAGGGCAUCACCAAGUCCACCCUCACCAAGGCCGAACGCCAGCUCAAGGACAAGUUUGACGGGCGACCCACCAAGCCACCUCCGAACAGCUACUCGCUGUACUGCGCAGAGCUGAUGGCCAACAUGAAGGACGUGCCCAGCACAGAGCGCAUGGUGCUGUGCAGCCAGCAGUGGAAGCUGCUCUCCCAGAAGGAGAAGGAUGCCUACCACAAGAAGUGCGACCAGAAAAAGAAAGAUUAUGAGGUGGAACUGCUCCGUUUUCUAGAGAGCCUGCCUGAGGAGGAACAGCAGCGGGUCCUGGGGGAGGAGAAGAUGUUGAACAUCAACAGGAAGCCAGCCACCAGCCCAGCCUCCAAGAAGCCCUCCCAGGAAGGGGGCAAGGGUGGCUCGGAGAAGCCCAAGAGGCCUGUGUCAGCCAUGUUCAUCUUCUCGGAAGAAAAGCGGCGGCAGCUGCAAGAGGAGCGGCCUGAGCUUUCAGAGAGCGAGCUGACCCGCCUGCUGGCCCGCAUGUGGAAUGACCUGUCAGAGAAGAAAAAGGCCAAGUACAAGGCCCGGGAGGCAGCACUGAAGGCCCAGUCAGAGAGGAAGCCAGGCAAGCUGCCAGAGUCGCCCAAAAGAGCCGAGGAGAUCUGGCAACAGAGUGUCAUCGGCGACUACCUGGCCCGCUUCAAGAACGACCGGGAGAAGGCCUUGAAAGCCAUGGAGAUGACUUGGAACAACAUGGAAAAGAAGGAGAAACUAAUGUGGAUUAAGAAGGCGGCCGAAGACCAAAAGCGAUAUGAGAGAGAGCUGAGUGAGAGGCGGGCACCCCCGGCUGCUGCAAACUCAUCCAAGAAGAUGAAGUUCCAGGGAGAACCCAAGAAGCCUCCCAUGAACGGUUACCAGAAGUUCUCCCAGGAGCUCCUGUCCAACGGGCAGCUGAACCACCUGCCACUGAAGGAGCGCAUGGUGGAGAUUGGCAGCCGCUGGCAGCGCAUCUCCCAGAGCCAGAAGGAGCACUACAAAAAGCAGGCCGAGGAGCAGCAGAAGCAGUACAAAGUGCACCUGGACCUCUGGGUCAAGAGUCUGUCUCCCCAGGACCGUGCGGCAUAUAAAGAGUACAUCUCUAAUAAACGUAAGAGCAUGACCAAGCUGCGAGGCCCAAACCCCAAGUCCAGCCGGACCACCCUGCAGUCUAAGUCGGAGUCUGAGGAUGACGAUGAAGAGGAUGAAGAUGAGGAGGAUGAGGACGAUGAGGAGGAAGAUGACGAGAACGGGGACUCCUCCGAGGACGGCGGGGACUCCUCCGAGUCCAGCAGCGAGGACGAGAGCGAGGAUGGGGACGAGAAUGAGGAGGAUGACGACGACGAGGACGACGACGAGGACGAGGACGAGGACGAGGACAAUGAGUCCGAGGGCAGCAGUUCCAGCUCCUCCUCCUCGGGGGACUCCUCGGACUCGGACUCCAACUGAGGCUCAGCCCUACCGGGGCUCCCCUCCCAACUGACCACCUUUGUUUCUCCCCCAUGUUCUGUCCCCUGCCCCUUGGCCUCCCCCACUUUCUUUCUUUCCCUUUUUUUUUUUUUUUUUUUUUUUUUUUUUUUUUUAAACAAAAUACGGUGGGGGGGGAGGCACUGGAGGCGCCCAGGCCAGAACUCUUCGGCCUCAGAGACAUCAGCCCUGGGGGGCCCUCCAGGGAGCACAACCAUCACACUGAGCCACCACUGGACCGGCCCAGCCCACCCCCCUCUGCACUUGCGGUUCCGGCAUGGACAAUGGACCUGGGAGUGGGAUGGGGGGGGGGGGGUCCCAAAGAGUUCAGUGAGGCCCCCUACACCUGCAGCCCGACCCAAGGGAGGGUGGAAGCUUGGGGAAGACCCCUUUCUUUCCAGAGGGGCUUGCAGCCUGGACCCCUACUUUGGAACUGGAGGCAGGGAACAUGGGAGAGGAGGGCGGGCGCCUAUGGGAAAAUAGGCACUGCCCCGUGGCCCUCUCCUGCCCCCUGCGGGAAGGAGCUGCCUGGACCCACUCACGGGAGGGGGGAGGGGGCAGAAGUGUUUUUUAUAUAUGUGUAUAUAUUUUUUUUUUUUAAGCUCUGAGCUGUCAACGAGACGUUUCCUACCGAC